AUGAAUAAUACAACAAAUACUUCUGUAACUCUGCAUAUCAAUUCAAUAAUUAAUGUGGUUUCUUUAUUUAUGGACUGUGUUGCUUUAUUAACUUGUAUGAUCUAUUUGUGUAUUAUUAUUGUUCGUGUUAUUCAACUAAAAGUGUACCGUCGUCGACGAUAUUUCAAUAUUUCGUUGAUUCUUUCAAUAAACAUCAUUAGUGAUAUAUUCGUCAAAGCUCUCCUUCAAACAACCCACGUUAGUUAUCCGACGUUUGCCAGAGAUUUCCUAAUGGUCGAUAAAAGUGCCGACAAAACUAUCUAUCAAAUGCGUGCAUACAUGCUCUGGUCAAUAAAUGGUGUUGUCUACUGGAGUUAUACGCUAGUUGCUUUCUAUCGAUUCGUUCGAGUUAUCUACCCAACGAAAGUAUGGUUACAACGUUCGUUUAUUUAUGUCUAUGUUUUGAUUCCUGGUGAACAUUUAGCUGUAUUCAGUGCUAUGCUAGUCAUACCUUUCGUCUUCGAAAGUAUUCGUAUAUUCCCCGGUGAGGUCUAUUGCACUGUUAUACCCUUACCUUGCUAUUCGAUAGUUUACGCGAGCUUUGUUAUGUUUAAUAUUCCGUUUAAUAUCGUUUGUAUUUUCUAUUAUUUAAUCACAAGAAGACUACGACAAACAACAGCAGUUCGACGGGAGCAGGAUUUGUAUCGACGAGAUUUUAUUGUCAUACGUCGUAUGAUAGUAAAUAUGAUUCUUCUUAUCAUCGCUAUCAUUCCUUAUGGUAUCGUUGCUCUAAAAGGCUAUAUUGAGCAUAAUUUCUAUUCAUUGACAGAGCGUAUUGAAUGGUUGUCCUCAUCGUUGAGUUCGUGUCUAUUUGCAUUCACACUUCCAUUUAUUACGCCGAAAUUACGAGAGUUCUUAAAACAAAAUCGGAUUAUGCCAGCUAAUAAUUAA